GUACCUUGGAGUUGCAAGUGCCUUUUUCUUGAAAGCCUCCCGUUCCCGUAGCAAAGCCGGAUCCAUGUUUAUUAGAUAUAACGCUAAAGGAACCCACGAAAAGUAAUAAUGUGGCUCGACGGGUUCUACGUAUUUACAGCUUGUUUAGUGGUAGUGUGGAAUAGCGGGGUCAGCAACGCAAACGAAUCAAUUGUAUGGAAAUGGCAGUGUGAAGAUGGAAAAUGUAAAAAAAUACGCAACGAUCCCAAAAGCGCAGAGCCCGCUCUCAGCUUAGAGGCAUGUAAAAUGUUCUGCAAUGACCAUGGUCUCCUAUGGCCGAUCCCGACCGGGUCGACAGACCUCGGCAACUUUUUAUCCAAGUUGAAUGUAAACAAAAUCAAAGUGCACAUCGAGAAAUCAGGAAAGUCUAAUGAUUUGAUGGACGCUGCUGGAGAGAGAUUCGAAAGUCUGGUCAGGUUGGCAAUUCCCAGUGGAUUGACACCAGUUGCAACUGGCAAAGCUCUGGAUGUAUACCUCGUAAAUGAAAACCCUGACAUGGCAGAGUUUUCUUUAGACAUGGAUGAGAGUUAUGGUCUGAGGGUGUCUGCGGCAUCUAACGAUAGAAUUAAUGCCACUAUAAGCGGCAAUACAUUCUUUGGAGUCCGUCAUGGAUUGGAGACUUUGUCACAGUUGGUGGUAUACGAUGAUAUUAGAGAUCACCUAUUGAUCGUGAGAGAUGUUAACAUUAGUGAUAAGCCAGUAUAUCCAUACAGAGGUAUCCUUCUGGAUACUUCUAGGAACUACUUUUCCGUUGAAUCUAUCAAAUCUACUAUAGAGGCUAUGGCUGCCGUGAAACUCAAUACAUUCCACUGGCAUAUUACUGAUAGUCACAGUUUUCCAUUUGUCUCGGGCAAGAGACCGGAAUUGACCAGACUGGGUGCAUAUUCGCCCAGUAAGGUGUAUACACAGAAAGCGAUCAAGGAUAUUGUCAAAUAUGGCCUGGAGAGAGGUGUUCGUAUUCUACCAGAGUUUGAUGCGCCGGCGCACGUCGGCGAGGGCUGGCAGGACACUGACCUCACCGUCUGCUUCAAGGCGGAGCCAUGGAGAAGUUAUUGUGUCGAACCUCCCUGUGGACAACUUAAUCCCGCGAAGGAUAAAGUUUACGAUUAUCUAGAGGAUAUUUAUAUGGAUAUGGCAGAGGUAUUCGAAACUGAUAUGUUCCACAUGGGAGGUGACGAAGUCAGUGAAAGUUGCUGGAACUCUUCUACCGAGAUACAGAAAUUCAUGACUAACAACAAAUGGGGUUUGGACAAGACCAGCUUCUUAAAGCUUUGGAAUUAUUUCCAAACAAAGGCACAAGAUAAAGCAUACAAGGCCUUCGGCAAGAAAUUGCCGCUAAUAUUAUGGACAAGCACGCUGACACAAUACAGUCACGUGUCGGAAUAUUUGAACAAAGAUGAUUAUAUCAUUCAAGUAUGGACUACGGGCGUCGACCCACAGAUCAAAAUCUUACUGGAAAAAGGAUAUCGGCUGAUCAUGUCCAACUACGACGCUCUUUAUUUUGACUGCGGGUUUGGUGCUUGGAUUGGCUCAGGCAAUAACUGGUGUUCGCCGUAUAUUGGAUGGCAAAAGGUUUAUGAUAACAGUCCAGGGGAGAUCGCUGGCGGCUACAAAAGUCAAAUUUUGGGUGGAGAAGCAGCUUUGUGGUCUGAGCAGGCUGACACUGCCGCAUUAGACGGAAGACUGUGGCCCAGGGCCGCGGCUUUGGCUGAGCGUUUGUGGUCAGAACCGGAGACUAAGUGGGAAGAAGCCGAAGAACGAAUGCUGCACAUCAGAGAGCGUCUUGUCCGUAUGGGAAUCCAGGCAGAUACGCUGCAGCCCGAGUGGUGCUAUCAGAACGAGGGACUAUGCUGACACAGACAUAAACGCUAUAGCAGCUCUGGAACUGUUCUACAGCUGCACAUUUUUUUCUAUUAUUUACUACAUUUCUCAUUAUUCAAUUUCUUUAAUAAAACGAAAGUGUCUUAAACGAGUUCAAAGUCUGCAUGGUUACGAUAUCGCGCGCGACGCGAAGUAUCUCCUGGGCUUCGACUAAGCUGCACGACGUUUAUCUGCGGAGACACCAGUCUCUGCGCCUAUUGGUCAAAACCCGCGGUAAGUAUACAUUGCGCAAGACUUCCUAUUGGAUGCCCUGUCCUUUAGCUUUAUGCAUCAAUAGAUGGCCAGAGUGAAUAAAAUAUUCCAUAAAGUCGUAAGUAGAUUAGUAUAGGUUUGAUUCGAUAGUCAACAAUGACACUGUCGCCACUGUCCUCACCUCACCCUGUCACCCUACCACUCCGUCACCCUACCACUCUGUCACCCUGUAUUUUUGCAUUGAAUCAGAAGACAGGCUUUUGAACUCUCCAUGUAAUUUACUGUGAUUACGAUAUUGUGACCUUUUUCAUUAAUGAGCACUCUAUUUACUAUAAGUAAUUAACAUGACUUUUAAUAUGACGCAAGAAAAUGUGAUUGUUAUCUGAGAUUACAAGUACGUUACGUAGAUUAAGUACGUAUAUUAAUUGAUAUAAUAAUAUACCUACUCAAUAGUUAUGUAAGUUAUUGAACUCAGUACAUUUCUUAAUGUACAUUGUCACAUUGUGCUUUCGGACUUGUAUUUUUCGCGUGUUCUUAUGAAAUAAUGUCAAAAUCAUAAUAAAAAUUAUAUUCUAAGUAUGUAAA